AUGUUGUCCAGACCAGAACAAGAAGAAUCCCGGACUGCUCGUCCACCAAAUGUUGCUGACUACGCCUGGUCUCGUCCCCACGGUCUCGUUGAAAAGCCAGGAAUGUAUCCCGGCGAAUCAGAAGCCUGGGUGUACUGUGAUAAGUUCUCUUACCACGAGGGAGAGAGCGUCUCCAUCAAAACCUACACGACCGCUCAAGAGUAUGACAUCGAGGUCAUCCGUGACGGUCAAAAGCCCAAGACUGUCUUUUCAAGAACUGGACUAAAGGGCCAGACCUUUGAAACGCCAGCCGAUGCCUACGCUGUUGGUUGUAACUGGCCUCAGGCCCUCAGCAUAGGCCUCGAAGAGGGCAAUUGGCCGUCAGCCUUCUACCUCAUCAUCAUCCGUAUCAAAGACAUCAACGGUCGGAUGCAUGAGCGCGAGGGUUUCUUCAUUGUCAAGGAAAAGUCAGCGAACAGUGCCAAGGCUGAUUUUGUUCUUAUUCACGCUACGUCGACCAUGUUGGCCUACAAUGACUGGGGUGGCGCGAAUCACUACCGCGGCAUUGCCGACGGAUACCAAAACGAUGAGCCUACGCCCCUGUCAAGCACCCAGCGACCCAUUGCCCGUGGUAUGCUGCGUAUCCCCAAGAACGCGCCCCGCGAAGCCAACGGCACCAUGACUGUUGGCCACGGCGCAACCCCGCGUUAUCCUUCACUGGAGUACUCAUGGUAUUUUCGCUACUCACGGCAUUAUGCUGAUGCAGGAUGGGCGACCUAUGAGCGACCGUUUACGAUCUGGGCUGAGUCUCAGGGCUAUGUGAUCCAUCACCUUACCCAGUCUGAUCUACAUCAAGAUCCAGACUGCCUCACAGGCUACGCGUGCGCCGUGUCGAUGGGUCACGAUGAGUACUGGUCCUGGGAGCAGCGAGAUACGCUUGACAAUUUUGUUGACCGUGGCGGUCGUUUCGCUCGCUUUGGAGGGAACUUUAUCUGGCAGGUCCGCUUUGACGAUGCGAUGCAAACUCAGUACUGUUACCGAGUGCCGCAGGCCGAUCCAAUGACCAAGAAGGACCCCACAAGGGUCACAACUAUGUGGGAUUGGCCACCCAUCGGCCGUCCAGGAGCCGGGUCCGUGGGACUAACAGGUGUCAUGGGCUGCUACACUCGCUACGGCAUGGCCACUCCGCGGUCCUCGGGCGGUUUCCAGGUGUAUCGCCCUCAACACUGGGCUCUGGAGGGCUCAGAGCUGCGCUAUGGCGACUCUUUUGGCAAGGAUCCUAUCAACAUCGCGUCGUUUGAAGUGGACGGGUGUGACUACUCAUUUAAGAAGGGGCUUCCCUACCCUACAGGUGAGGACGGUGCACCAGAGAACCUUGAGAUUAUCGCCAUGUGUCCUGCUGUCUUUGGCGAAGUCGAUGUCUCUGGAGGCAGGGAGCCUGUUGGCGGUCCCGUGGCCGAUGUAUUUGGGGUUCUCCAGCUCUGCUAUGAAGGCCAGGAGUUGCCAGAGUACCUGAAAGAUCGCGAGUAUGGGUCAGGUAUGGUGGCGAGCUUCACUAGAGAAGAUGGAGAAGUGUUUUGUGCUGGGUCGUGCGAGUGGGUGUCGGGUCUGAUCCACAAGGACGUGUUCACUGAGAUCAUAACACGAAAUGUGCUGGAUAAGUUUACGGGGCGAAAGAAGGACGAGUCUACUGAGAACAAUAGAGAUUAG